UUAGUUCCUUACAAAACUAACACUAACCAACGCUAUGAAAGUUUGAUUUAUCUUUCGUUUUCGUCUGAAGAAGUUUUAGAUUUGUUAACAUCACCUUGAAAAGCCAGUGUCAUACUAGUUAACGUUUAUGAAAAGCAACACUAGAAUAAAUUAAGUUACUUAUUAACUUGAUACUUCAUAGUUAAGCUUUUUAUUAACUAAGUUACUAAUGUACCAUUAUCUAAUUUGAUUCCUAACUACUAAUUCAAAUUCUCGUAAAUCUAAAUGUCUACGUUCUUUCAUCAACUCUUAGAGAAAGUUAGUCGAUAAAAUAUGCAUCUUAUCUUGUUUGAUCUAAUUAGUAAUUGCUGUUUUUUCUUUGUUGAGAUCAUCACCGUAACCAAUAUAAUAGGUACUAGACCGUUGACCAUAGAUGCCGCUGGUGGAUUUCCACAUUAUGAAUUUCCAAGAUGGAGUACCAUCUUGGGCUGGUUUAUCUUUGUUUGUUGUAUUCUUCCGAUUCCAAUCGUCUUCGUGAUCAGUUACAUUCGCGAAUAUCGAAAGAUUGCCGCUCAACGAGCAGCAAAAGGCAACUUUGGUGACGAUAAUGAUAGCCCGGUGGCAAACAAUUUUGAGGAGAAGCCUCUUUACCUAGCAGCAUUGACAGCAAAUAAUUCGCCUGCAGAUUAUUGGGGACCUCGGAGAAGAAAGCAUCAGACCGGUGCGUAUGCUCAUUUGGCUGCUAAGUCAACUGUCCAUGAUAUCUCUGCUCAACAACAGUUUCCUAAACGAUCCAUAACAGCGAUGAACAACACCGAUAUUGGCGCGGGUACCACAAAUCCAACUUUCGAUCCAGACUUAACAAAGAAUGAUGAUGGCGAAAGCGUUUUAGAUGAAAAGUUUUGA